GUAUUUAUGAGCAGACAUUUCUUAUAUAACUGCAGCCAACCAAUCCUGGAUGUGAAGAUAGCCUUUUGUCAGGGUUUUGGAAAACAAGUGGAUGUGUCAUAUAUCGCCAAACAUUACAACAUGAGUAAAAGCAAAGUGGACAACCAGUUCUACAGUGUGGAAGUGGGAGACUCCACUUUCACAGUUUUAAAACGUUACCAGAAUUUAAAGCCCAUUGGCUCUGGAGCUCAGGGAAUAGUCUGUGCUGGCUAUGAUGCUGUCCUGGACAGAAAUGUAGCCAUCAAGAAGCUGAGCAGACCCUUCCAGAACCAGACUCAUGCCAAGAGGGCAUACCGGGAGUUGGUGCUCAUGAAAUGUGUCAAUCACAAAAAUAUUAUCAGUUUAUUAAAUGUCUUCACACCACAGAAAUCAUUAGAGGACUUCCAGGAUGUGUACUUAGUGAUGGAGCUGAUGGAUGCCAACUUGUGCCAGGUGAUUCAGAUGGAGCUUGACCAUGAGAGAAUGUCCUACCUGCUCUACCAGAUGCUGUGUGGUAUCAAACAUCUGCACUCAGCCGGCAUUAUUCACAGGGACCUCAAACCAAGCAAUAUAGUGGUGAAGUCAGACUGCACCCUGAAGAUCCUGGACUUUGGUCUGGCCAGGACCGCAGGCACCAGCUUCAUGAUGACCCCUUAUGUGGUGACUAGAUACUACAGAGCCCCAGAGGUGAUCCUAGGCAUGGGGUACAAAGAGAACGUGGAUUUAUGGUCGGUGGGGUGCAUUAUGGGAGAAAUGGUGCGCCACAAAAUCCUCUUCCCUGGGCGGGACUAUAUCGACCAGUGGAACAAGGUGAUUGAGCAGCUGGGCACACCCUCACCAGAGUUCAUGAAGAAGCUUCAGCCCACAGUGAGGAACUACGUCGAGAACCGGCCAAAGUAUGCAGGGCUCACCUUCCCCAAGCUCUUCCCCGACUGCCUUUUCCCUGCUGACUCUGAGCACAACAAACUCAAAGCUAGCCAGGCCAGAGACCUGCUGUCUAAGAUGCUGAUCAUCGAUCCUGCGAAACGGAUAUCGGUGGACGAUGCCUUACAGCACCCCUACAUAAACGUUUGGUAUGAUCCGGCUGAGGUGGAGGCGGCCAGAGAUCUCAUCCAAAUAUCCAUGCCUCCACCUGCGAUCUACGACAAGCAGCUGGAUGAAAGAGAACACUCCAUUGAUGAAUGGAAAGAACUAAUUUACAAAGAGGUGAUGAACUUUGAGGAGAGAACGAAGAAUGGCGUAGUGAAGGGACAGCCUUCACCUUCAGGUGCAGCCGUGAACAGCAGCGAGAGCCUCCCUCCCUCCUCCUCCAUCAACGACAUCUCCUCCAUGUCCACCGACCAGACCCUGGCCUCAGACACCGACAGCAGCCUGGAGACCUCCACAGGACCCCUGGGGUGUUGCAGGUGACUAGCAGCCUGCCUGCGCAACCCCAUGUUCUUCCGAAGGUGAAGAAACCCCAACCGAAAUGACCAACUGAAAACACCAACACACGAGUAAAGAUCAAAAAUGAAUAUAUUAAGAACGAAAACAUGCGUUUAUGGGAAAAACAGAAUCUGAAAUGAUGAAAUCUAAAGCCUGUGCAUUGUCAUUCAUAAACACCAGUGGUAUUUAAACUGAAGUAAAUGAGAUAUAUGUUAAUGAUCCUCUAGUUGCUUUGCUUAUAUUAGCCCACAUCUCUUGUAUAUGGCUUCCAAACAAAAAUGAUCAAAUGCUUCAACUUGCAUCUCCUAUAAAGUGCAUACUGGCUGGCUGCUGGUCUCUCCAAUUCCUUACAAAAGCAUUUCUGCUCCAAUCAUCGUGGCAAGGUUCGGCUGCCAUUUUGCUAAUCAUUACUGUACAAAACGUUCUCCCUCUCCCCUGUCCCUAUCAAACCCUUAUGUAUUGACACGGCUGUAUUUUAACCUCUAGGCUUUGUCUUGGUCGCCCUCAUAACCAC